AGUAUAUGAUACUAGCAACUAGUACCAUAUAAACAAAACAUUAACCUCAAAUUCCUCAUACAUAUUUUGAAAGUUUUGGACCAAAAAGUCAACGUUUCAAGUUGACGCCAGCCACCAUUUCUAUUUUCUCAAUGGCUCGAUCGGUGAAAGUGGCGGUGAUCGGAGCCGGAGUUGCCGGCCUCGCCGCCGCCCGGGAGCUUCAACGGGAAGGCCACACCGUCGUCGUUUUCGAGAAGAACAACCGCGUCGGAGGCCUCUGGGUAUACGACCCGACAUCCGAUUCCGACCCACUCAGCCUAGACCCGACCCGUGUCAUCGUCCACAGCAGCCUCUACCUCUCGCUGCGUACGAAUCUCCCGAGGCAGCUCAUGGGGUUCCUGGACUAUCCAUUCGCGAAGCACGAGUCCGGUGACCCGAGAUCGUUCCCGGGUCACGACGAGAUGCUCCGUUUCCUGGAGGAGUUCGCGGCGGAGUUCGGGAUCCACGGGUUGACCCGGUUCGAAACGGAGGUGGUGAAGGUGGAGAUGAAUGAGAAGGGGAAGGAGUGGGUGGUUGAGUCGAGAUUGACUCGGGGUGGUGAGUCAGGUGACUCAGUGAGUCGGGAGGUGUUUGACGCGGUUGUUGUGUGUUCUGGUCACUUUGUUGAACCAAGACUAGGUGAGGUUCCUGGAAUUGAAAAGUGGAGUGGGUUUCAAAUGCAUUCUCAUAAUUAUAGAGUGCCUCAACCUUUCAACCAUCAGGUUGUGAUUUUAAUUGGGUUUGGACCUAGUUCAUAUGACAUAGGGAGAGAUAUUGCGCCAGUAGCAAAGGAGGUUCAUGUAGCAACGAGACUGAAUCCAAACUUAAAGGAUGUCAAGUUGAAAAGUCGUGGCAAUAUAUGGUUCCAUGAUAUGAUCAAAUGUGUAUGUGAAGAUGGCUUGGUUAUAUUUGAAGAUGGGUUCUCUGUUUAUGCAGAUUCAAUUAUCCACUGUACAGGAUACAAGUACCACCAUCCAUUCCUUGAAACCAAUGGAAUAGUCAACAUUGAGGAUAAUCGCAUUGGGCCAUUAUACAAACAUGUCUUUCCUCCUGCAUUAGCUCCAGGGCUCUCUUUCAUCGGUUUAACCUACAAGGAUUUUCCGUUCCACACGAGUGAUUUACAAUCAAAGUGGGUUGCAAGAGUUUUGUCUGGUAAGGUUCCGUUACCUACGCAAGAAGAGAUGAUGGAAUCUGUCACAGACUUGUAUCAAUUCAUGGAGGAAAAUGGUUUUCCCAAGCGCUACACUCAUAGCAUUCGUCCAUUUCAGGUUGAUUACAAACAUUGGCUAGUUGCACAAAUUGGGCUGCCUCCAUUGGAAGAUUGGAUGGAGCAAAUGCUUAGAGAGUGUUUUAAGAAUGUGGCCGAAAUGAAGGAAAAUUACAGAGAUGAAUGGGAUGAUAAUCAGUGGGAUGCCGUAAUUCAAACUGAAUCAGCUUCGUUAAAGCAAAUGCAUUGUAUGUCACCUGCGAAUUGUUGAAUUGUUUGUUUCAACUCUCAAGAGUAUAAGUUUGAAGUACUUGGUAUAGAUUUUUUAAUAGUACAUUGAUUUAAGAAAUGUUUAAUUACAUUUUUUAACCCCUACUAUUACCUUCCAGUGAUUAAGUGUCUUUUGAUUUAUGUUUGCAAAACAGAGGUUAAGUCAAUGUGUGUUUGCAAAACAGAGUUUGGAUGAAUGUGAGUUUGUUGUAAUGUGAUUUAUAUUUGGAUACUUUUAUUUUAAAAGUAAGUUAGACUAA